AUGAAUCUGUUGGUGCUCUCCCCCAGACGUGUUAUCAUGAGCCCCUCUUUGGCAAGCGUGGCGGCGGCGGUAGCUGUGAUGCUGGCAGUGGCUUCCGAGGGCCGCCCCAGGACCAUCGUGGAUUACAACGCGGGGUCCCAUUCGCGCAGGGAGUCCGGCCUUCCCGGGGUCGCCGUCGAGGGAGAGUACAGAUGGCGAACACCAAACGGCCAAGAAAAUGUAGUGCGUUACACCGCUGACAAGAAUGGCUACGUCGCGCGUGGCAAUGUCGUGCCGGGACACUACGACCCCCUCGGGAACCCAAGGCUCGUGCAAAACUACUACCUGACUCCUCUCGAGGCCUCUGCUGAAGCUCCCGCCCAAGGCCCUAGUGAGGCUGCCGAGGCCGGCAACGAUCACGUUUUGAUGACAACAGUGGAAGACGCUGAAGACAGCCCUGUUGAAGAAGGAACUGAUGAUGCCAUCGACGAGAAAAUAAAUGAAAUCCUUGUUGAAAAAGCCGCAGAGGACGUCCCGGCUGAAGAGGUAGCUGAAGAUACUUCUGGUGGUGACGCAGCUGAAGAUGUCUCUGAUAAAGAGAUAGCUGAUGAUGCUCCUGCCGAAGAGGUAGCUGCAGAUGCCUCCAAUAAAGAAGCAGCUGAGGAUGUUCCUGCCGAUGAUGUAGAUGAAGACAGAGACGCAGAUACAAAUAUUUCAGAUGACGCUCAAACAGAGGCUGCUGAUGAAGUUGAUUCAACUCGCGCCGAAAAGGCUGUCCCUGCUGCAGAAAUGGCGGGCAUGAAUGCUAUCAUCUUCCCCGACGACCCUUCCCCUUCUGUACCCUUUGUGGAGGCAGUGGAAGGGAUGCCGGAGGCGGAGGCUAACGGGAUGAAUGCCAUUAUUUUCCCCGAUGAUGUACCUGUUGGAGAAAUGACGGAACCCGAACUUUCGACGGAAGACGCCCCUGCCGUCGAGAUGGAAGACCAACCCGAUAUGAACAUCAUUCCGGCGACGGAAAUGUCCGUGGGUGAAGAAUCGGGCGCGCCUGAGAUUGCUGUGCCAGACGAUUCAGCCACGGAUGAGAGCGCCGCUGAAGAGGGGCUUCUUGCCACUGAAGCGCCGGAGGAGAUGACUGCAGUCCACUUAGUAAGUGGCCAGAUCAUCUUAGACCCUGUUGGGGUAUGGGUGUGUUGGGCUGAUUAUUUUGAUCAGUUGUACCAAGUUAAUCCACCACCAACUAACCUGGAUGCAGGCACUGUCGAGAUUCUUUCCCUUUCCCACCCAUCAGCAAGGAUCCACCCUCCUAACUCAAGUUGGGGAAUAAUCUCUAAGUUGAAGAGUGGUAAAGCAUCAGAUAACUGCGGCAUCCCAGCUGAAUUGUUAAAGGUUGGUGGAAAACCUAUGGCGAGGGGCGCCAAGUCGCAAGUGAUAAUAUGA